AUGGAGGGGAAGACGGAGCUCCAAUCGGGCCGGAGCUCCGGCAUGCUUGCCACUGUCGAGUUGUACCCGUACAGUAGGCUCGCCAGCUGCACUUUGACCAGCAGAAUCAAAUGUGUAGUCGAAUUUGCAAUUGAGGAGUUUGAUUUGUCAGGCCUAUUGGAGAGGUUGAGGCCAUUCAACAUAAAGAGGAGGGGAUCGGUCGAUGAGAGAUCGUUGAACGAGAUGUCGAUCUCAUCCCCAUCCCGUCAGUUCUACAGGAACAACGACAACUUAUACCGCAUUUUAACACCUUACGGAGCAUUCAUUUGCAAGGGGAGAGAUCAGAAUUUAGCACGCAUCGCACUCAAUUCUUCAUUUUCAAGGGCAGCCCGUGGGUACCAGUGCAGCUUUGGACCACUCGACUGGGGAACUUACUAUGAUCAGGCGUACAUGUUUAUAGAGAGAGAAGCCAUAAUUGAUGCAAUGUGGAAUCAAAUGAAUACAGGAGUUUCCGCAAAAACUGUAAAGUCCAUCUUGGAAAACAAGGGCUCCGCCGCCAAUAAGUCUUCUCAGAAAACUCCUGUGAAGAAAUCAUCAACACUCAACAGUAUUGGUGUAAAGGGUCAUUGUGAUAUUCUUCGACAAGGUGGUGUACCGGUCGAGAGAUUUGUUUUCAAGUUGGAUGUGAACCAGUCUUAUAGUUCUAUGGUUGAGCAAGCUGAUUUGGAGUUUUCUCUUAGGUCCUUUUUUGGUUAAGCUCCCUGUUCCAGUGCCUCGAACUAGGGUUCUUCCCCAACCUAACUGUGGAUUUUUUGUAGCUGUUUUUUUAUUUUUUCCAUCGGUAUUGCGAUUGUUUUCUCUAUAAGAAAGUGAUUUGGAGGAAUAAAUAUUUGAGUAUUUUUCAACUAACAUAAUAAUUUCAUGAAAGUUGUUUCAAGGUUCUUUCAUAUGCUUAGCACCUUUUUCUUUUUCAAUA